AUGUCAGAUGUGCGGCGGGGCUCUGGCCGGCGAGGACAGCGAGCUCAGACAGCGAGAAAUUGGUUGCACGGCUACGCCUUUUCAACUUGGAACGGCCUCCGAGGCAGGUGCGCGAGCCCGACCGGCAGCUCAUUGAAGGGAACGGCUUGGGCGGGGGCAGGCGCGCUCGCCCACCUGCGCCGCAGCCCCCGGCCCGCCCGGGCACGCGGCCCGAGGUCCAGCAGUUUCUUCGGCGGACAGUCGCACGGCAGGAGCAGUCGCACAUGGGCCAGCAGCAGCAGCAUCAGCUGCACAUGGACCAGCAGCAGUCUCAGCAAGCUGAAUGGCAGGCGCGACAGCAAGCGCUGCAUCAGGCAGAGUGGCAGGUGCCAGGGCCGCAGCAGCAGCGGUGGCAUUAGCGGCAUCAGCAGGUACACCAGCAGAAUACACGCAUUCUGA